AUGCUCGCCUCGAUUCUCAUGGCCUGCGCGUCGCUCGCAGCGACCGCCUCGGCCGAGUGUAGUCGAGCAAUGCUGAAGGAUGCCACCGAUCAGUACGUGGCUGCGCAAAGCAAUGGUCACAGAAGCGAGAUUACUGCACUAGCCAGCAACCUCACCUAUACCGAAAACGAGAAGCCAGUAGAUAUCACAAAAGGUGUCCUGGUCCAGCCUCUGAAGCUUGACCAUAACCGCAGCAUUCAUGAUACCACAGAAUGCGCCACAUUUACUGAACUGAUUGUCGCCACCUCUGAUCAUCAGUACGUUAUUGGCACGCGGAUGCUUUUCACCGACAGCAAGAUUACCACCAUUGAGUCAAUCGUAACUGACAAAGGCGACUGGGCGUUCAAUGCGACUGGGUACCUCUACUGGGACUCUAUGGAGAAUUGGGAUCCUAUUCCGGAAGCAAAACGCGACACCCGAGCAGUCAUUAAAGCCGCAGGUGACGCUUACUUCGAUAGAUUCGACAAUGCAAGCGUCGUUGUUCCUUUCGGUACCCCCUGUGCCAGACUGGAGGGUGGGGCCUACACAGGAAGGGCAAAUUCGACCGAGAACACAUGUAAUCUGGGUUUACCUUCGACCAUCAAAGUUACAAACCCGCGUUAUGUUGUUGAUGAGGAGAUGGGAGUGGUUGAUAUAUUCUUGGGAUUUCCUGGGCUCGACCGUUCCCAGGGACAAGACCCAAUGCCUGAUAGCCAUGUGUUUAGGGUGGAAGGAGGGAAGAUCCGGUAUAUUCAUACAGUCUCAUCUUGUGUGAAUGCGGGUUGUGGAUUAAAUGGAACGGGUCCACCUUCAAGUCUAUGA